CACAAACCUCACCUCACUCAGUCACUGCACACUCGAACAGAAGCUGCUGCCGCCGCCAACCACCAUAUUUUUUCCCACAUUCCGAGUGCACGCACGUUGCGCCUGUGCCUCGGAAAUAUCAGAAUCUAACAUUUGACUUGUGUGAGGUAUUUCUUGGCUGCUGCAACGAGAAGCACUUGACUCGUCUCGAUACCUUUCAGUACUAGGCCAGACCACCCGUAAACUGGUCCAGAACGAGAGCCAGAGCCAGAACCAGAACCAGAACCGGUAGCAGAACCUUGAGGCCCCCAAAAGCCAAAAACUCUGUUAAUCGUUCCAGUUCUGGACUUGGACCCUUGCCGACCACUACCUACAGUACAGUACUGACAGCAACUGAGACCUGUCCUCCUUCAGCCUUCCUCUUCAGUCAUGCCACCUUCUCCGCUUAAAACGCCUGGCUCUGGCGCUGGUAGUGAACAAGCAUCUUUCGUCGGCUCCGACCGUCAUCAGUCGCCUACAACUGUAGCUCUUACAGAUUCAUCGAAUGUCGAUAUCGGCAGUGUCGCAAAGACAAGUGAUCCAGAUCAAGGACAAGAACGCGAACAACAGAGUCGACAACAAUCACCAACUCGAGAUAUCACAUCAUCCUCCCCAACCAACGUCCACCCCCUACUUCAGGUCGCAUCCGCUCCCCCACAUUCUCGCUCGACAAUUGCCGCCACCGAUACUACACCCAUUACCACAACUCCAAUUACUGAGUCACCCGCAUUGCCAUUGGGCUCUUCAAAGCAAUCGCCAACAAACACUGCUCAACUUGCCUCAAGGGCCACCGAAGCCCGGGCAAGCACUUCUGCAAACAUGAUAUUCUCAGAUAUUUACAAGAGUCCGCGAUCACCCAUCGCUAAGCUUCGUCACCACUCGGUCCAGUUACCAACACCGCUGUCAACCAAUACCCCAGAUUGGUACGGUGAGGAACAUGCAGACCUUCUCAGCAAGGACAAGGUGAAGCAGAAGGAAGCUGUGAAGAGGUAUCUCGAAGCCAAAGUAAAAAAUGAUUGGGAAUUCCCAUGGCCUUCUCGCGUUGUCGAGCCCCCACUAGUUGAAGGUGACGUCGCUGUUGUCGACACUACAUCUGAAUCACCUGAUGCGAUUGAGGCUGUCACCAGUCUCGAUGUCACAGAACCGACAAAGUCAAUUCAAGAUGAGACUCGCGAAGAUGAUGGGUACCAAGUAGAUGACCCCGAGUCAUCGGAUGAUGAAGACGGCAGCGAUGCUGAGUCCACCUACAGUACUGUCUCUGAAGAUUUAGUCAACUAUCGCACACGUCUAGAAUGGGCAUCAGACCUUUCCGACGAUGAAGAUGAGCCUGGCCCUUCACGAUCACCAUUCCGCUUUGACAACCCCAACAAUGUGGGCUCCACUAUCCAAGCUGCGGUCCAGGGCAAGCGCGCCAAGCGAAGGAGAGCAGUUCGCAAGGAAAUGGAAUGGAACGAGGGACUCGCCUGUUUCGAAGCGCGGCGAAAUGCAUGGACGGGCGCACGAACUGUUCGAGUUCGGGCCAAGCCUGCAUCGCCCCCUGCUGUGUCACCACUAUCUCCCCGUCGAUUCUUCUUCCGUCGCUCCAUGUCAACGUCUCCUCCUGGCUCGACAAUCGCGUCUACUUUACCACCGCAAGUUAGUGAUGCUUCAGACAAUUCGUCACUUGCGAGAAGCGACGAGCUUCGCAAUGCUCGAUCUAAAGACACCACACCGUCAACACCUCCCGACAGCCGAAAUUAUCCUGUCGAGGUCCUGCUUCCUCUUCCGCCGCCUCUCCUACCUCCCAAUAACCCUCUGCGUGCAUCUAUCACACCUUCUGUCUAUCUCAGUCUCUACGACAAGGUCAUCAUUCACAGCCUUCAGCCCUCGUGCCCUAUCAAUUUGUCCGAUAUGCUCCGAGCUUGCGUUACUGGCUGGAAGCGAGAUGGCGAGUGGCCUCCGCGACCGACCAUGGCUCCCGCUCCUGUCGCCAAGAAGAAGAAGCCUAAGAAGCCUUCAAACCCCUCAGAGAACACGGGCAGUACUGUACGCCGCAUGAGCUUUGGUCUGCUGGGUCGCGACAAGGACGACUCGACAGGUGGUAAAGGCAUUCGCCGCAGCCUCGUUAGAGCUCUUGGUAUUGGGGAAGGGACAGAGACUCCUAAUUGAGGCUAUCUCGUUACGAAUUCAUGAUUAUGAUUAAAACCCGGAGGAUUAUCAUUACGAUUGACGCAUGGCGCUUAUAUAUGGGCUCUCGCUUUCUGGCUCGGUAUACCAUGUAGGGAAGGGAAACGUGUUAUGUAUUCUGGUCUACUUCUCUUUAUUUUAUGUUUUCUGGCAUGACCUGGUCAUGCUGGUAUGGGGAGUUUUUGGGCAUGGGUUUGUCUCCAUAUAGGAGUCUCUUGGAGCAGCUGAGAGGAAGCAUGCAUUUUGAUACCUCUUGGUCCCAGCAUUGCGACCAUGCUAAUUUACUUUGCUAUAACUAUAUUUUUUCACCUGGCAUUGCUUUUCCCCUGUUGCUCACUGAGUUUAGUGAUGGUAACGUUGUCUUGGUGCUCUCGUGAUGUAAUAGACUGGGAUGAUUUAGGGUUGACGCC